UGUUCAGACCAAAAGGGGCGAGCACUGCGACAAUUUCGAUUCUAAUAAGUAUUGUUUCUUAUAUUACACUCAAAUGUUGACAGAAUUUUUAUUUGCACAGCUUGUGAGUUUGACGUGGAGUUUCUUAAUAUUUAGAAUUUUCUUUGUAUCCAUCGGCCAACACGGCCUGGUCAGCUUGCAAUGGGGUCUCAGUAGUUCUAUAUACACUCAGCUAAAAUGCGGUUGUUUAAUAUUAAUAGCGUGGCGUUUUUAUUACUAAGUUUUGUGGAAUAUAUUUGUGCAACACCCAUUGUUGGUGGCCAAGUAAUUUAUAAUCCAGGAAAUGCAGCGCCUAAAUAUCCCUAUAUGGUUUCCAUACAAGAAUUGCAUAAACCUAUUGAUUCACGGGGCGUUAAAGAGUUUCGACAUUUCUGUGGUGGCGCUAUGUUGAACCGUUGGUGGUUCGUGACUGCAGCACAUUGCUUUUUGCGCAAAAAGCUGGCACGCAUAUCAGCCGUUAUCGGUCAUGAAAACCUCUCAAAAGCCAAUCAGAAUAACAGUCGUUACGCCAUCGAACGUGUUAAAUUUAUUUACUAUCAGCCCACAAAUAUUCAAAAUGAUAUUGCAUUGGCACGCCUGAAGAAGUCAUAUGAUCCGGAGCUGAGCUUAAUCAACCAUGCGUUUGGCAUCUUACCGCUGCCUGAUAUGAAAAAUCUAAGCGGUGUUUCAUGCCAGAUUAUAGGGUAUGGUGCUACACAAUAUGCUGGGGAAUUACAAAACAAUCUCAUUGAAGGUGAGGUUAAAAUAAUUACAAAACAAGAGUGUACCGAAAUUUUGGGCAGAAUAUUGGCACCACCAUAUGAAGAAACUACACUUUGUGCUUUGGGUGAAAAUCAAGACACUUGUCAGGGAGACAGCGGUGGUCCUUUAGUAUGUAAAGCGGAUGAUAUUUCUUACAUAUGUGGUAUUGUAUCUCAUGGACUAACUUGUGGUGUAACAGGUGUACCUAGCAUCUAUACAGCUAUAGUACCUUAUUUGGAGUGGAUUACAUGGAUAAUCAAUGAUAAAGUUGAAGAUAGCUGAAAUUUCGACACAAUAAAGUGACAAAAAAACGAAUAAAUUCAAAUAGCGGAAGUUUAUAA